AAAGUGUUACAUAGCUAGAGCAGWCUUGGGCGCCUAUACAGUUAUUGCUGUUAGCCGUGAACGCCAUCUUGGAUCUAGAUGGUUUUUAAACGGGGAAAACAGGAAAAGGGACAGGAAAAUAGAUACUUUCGUUCUUAUUUAGUAAUUUCCCCCACUGGCUGAUGAUGAAGAAACACGAGUCAUGACGUCGCCUCUUUAUUUGCUGAUAUAGUUCAAAUCGGUAAAUCUGAGAGGAAAUAGGAUUGUGGACUGAGGAAAUUUCCGCAGUUUACUGUAAYUUGGUUUGUUUAUGUUAUUCAACCCGGACAUGGACUCUUCUAACCCAGACAUACCAGAUGAUUCUCUGGGUUUGGGAGCCGGUGGGGCCCAGGCAAGCAGCAGUGCUGUUGUGCCAAAAGGGUCCAAUAAGAGGCGAGCUGCGCCAGACUUCGAUGAUGAUGAUGAUGAUGAUGAUGAUGGAAGCAAGCUCUUCAGGUGUGAUGACGACGGAGGAGGAGGAGACAAAGAGCGAUUUGCCAGGGAGAACCACAGUGAGAUUGAGCGGCGGCGGAGGAAYAAGAUGACUGCUUACAUCACAGAGCUGUCGGACAUGGUUCCCACCUGUAGCGCGUUGGCACGGAAACCAGAUAAGCUGACCAUCCUGCGCAUGGCCGUGUCCCACAUGAAGUCUCUGAGAGGGAGCGGCAACACUGCAGCAGACGGGACAUACAAACCAUCCUUCCUCACCGACCAGGAGCUGAAACACCUGAUCCUGGAAGCUGCUGAUGGCUUCCUGUUUGUGGUGUCGUGUGAGAGUGGACGGGUCGUCUACGUGUCAGACUCCCUGACCCCUGUUCUUAACCAAUCACAGUCCGACUGGCUAGGCUCCUCACUCUACGACCAGCUCCACCGGACGACGAGCAAACUACGAGAGCAGCUCUCUACUGCAGAGAAUAACAAUACAGGGAGGAUGUUAGACCUGAAGACAGGAACAGUUAAGAAGGAGGGACAGCAGUCCUCCGUGAGGAUGUGUAUGGGAGCCAGACGAUCCUUCAUAUGUAGGAUGAGAUGUGGUUCGUGUCCAGUGGAGCCCAUGUCUAUGAACAGAUUGAAUUUCCUGCGGAGCAGGAACAGGAAUGGUCUGGGUCCACCCAAGGAUGGGGAGCCUCAGUAUGUGGUGGUCCACUGCACUGGAUACAUCAAGUCCUGGCCCCCCACAGGGGUGAAUCUAACAGAUGAGGAAGCAGACAAUAUUCAGGGGAGUCGCUACUGUCUAGUCGCCAUCGGUAGACUUCAGGUGACCUCUUGCCCGAGCGACACAGACAUAAACAGCAUCAGCGUUCCGGUGGAGUUCAUCUCUCGUCACAACUGCCAGGGCCUCUUUACCUUCGUAGACCACCGCUGCAUGGCCACAGUGGGCUACCAGCCUCAGGAACUGCUGGGUAAGAACGUCUUGGAGCUGGCCCACCCUGAGGACCAGGGUCUGCUGAGAGACAGCUUCCAGCAGGUGGUCAAGCUGAAGGGUCAGGUGCUGUCCGUCAUGUUCCGCUUCCUGUCAAGAACCAGAGCCUGGCUCUGGAUCAGGACCAGCUCCUUCACCUUCCAGAACCCCUUCUCUGAGGAGAUAGAGUACAUCAUCUGUACCAACGCCAACGUCAAGCAGUUGCAGCAGCAGCAAGCAGAGUUGGGGGGAGGAGGGAGAGAUGGUCUGUACGAGGCAGGACAGGUUACACUUCCACAGAUGCCUGUCCAGGCCGUGACCGCAGCUGGAACUGACCACAGUAAGACCAUGGACAAGGCAGAGAUGCACCCUCCAUGUACCCAACCAGACCAGGCCAAGUUCCUGCCCUCCACCUCUGCCCCGGAGUACCCAUCUACCCUCAGGACAACAAACAACUACACCACUGCCAACCGCUCCAACGACACAUACAGCAGGUCAGUAGGGAUGGCCCCUCAGAUGGUGCAGUCAUCCCACUCCGCAGGCCAGAUGCUGGCUCAGAUGUCCCGUCAGAACGGGGCACCCCCUCCAACAGCAGCCCCCUACAGGGAGGGGCCAGCGGUGGGCUGGCCGGGGCCAGCGGCGGGGGCUAGACCCCUUUAACAACCAGGUGGGCCCCAGGCAGGGAAGGCCCUGUCUCCCCAGUUUGCCAUGGGGAGUUUUGUGGGGGGCUCUUCCUCCUCAUUUGGGGUGAUGCCACCUGCCGCUCCGACCCCCACCACGGGGGCUAUACCAAAUAUCAACCCCCGCGCCAGCCUCAAUACCAACGGAUAUGAUGGCUUGGGGUCGGGGCAGCAGUUCCCCUCCAGGGCAGCGGAGGCAGUGUGGCSCCAGUGGCAGGGCCAGCAGCAAGYUCAGAACAGYGCAGAGCAGCACCCCCACGCACAGAACAACCAGCCUGACAUCUUCCCUGAUGUUCUCGCCAUGCUGGACCAGCCGGCCAACUUCAACAACGAUGACUUUGAGAUUCCCAUCUACCCCUCUUUCAAUGAGUGACCCCAAAUACACUCUUCCACUUACCUCUCUGUCUCUCAAAUGUCUCCUCUCUCAUUUGGUGCACUUUUGCUCUCUUUCUUYGCCUUUCGUGAUCCAAAGAGAGCAUGUCUAAUUAUCGGUCAGAUGAUUGCACGGCCAGGAUGGAGAGAGCGAGUUAAUCAGGGAAAA